GUAAUCAACAUUUCUUAGUUCGUAGUUACUGUUACAAGUCAAUUAGAAACACCGUACUGGCUCCCAUACCGCAGAUUUCUCAUUCCGAACCCGCGCGAUAACUUGAAGCUACCACUAGGAGUUCCAUACCGGCAUACUGUGCCUCCGCACAGUAAGACAAGUAAGCCAACGCUUUUUCGUCUAGUACCAGAUGCCAAUUCCAAAAGCAUCUUUCUACUCUAGCUUGUUUCGGCGUCGUAACCUGUUUCACUGCCGUAGUAAACAAAAAAAUAUCUACCGGAGAGUAACGGGCAUGCUUGCAGAUAACAGCGGAGCACCGCAGCUUCUCCUUCGACCAAAGGGUGUCAUACGAUGAAUGGCAAUCAAGCGGUAUUGUUUGUGUUUCGGAAGAUCAAUAGGUGCAAGCAAGUGCGGAGGUUCCCUAAGAUUUGGAGAUGACUCUGAACACCGGGCUCUGGAUGUCGGCACUAUGAUAGUACCAUUAUGUGUUAUCGUACCUACCGUAUCAUUGGUGGCAACGAUGGCGCGCGCACGAAUCAGAAUACGAACGGAAACGAAUCGAUGAAGCAUUCUAUUUUUAAGAAUACCGCAGGAAUAUCGUACGCACGAAAGUUCAGGGAUUGACAACAUAACGCGCCAGUAAGAAGUACGGUACUUCGUCUACAAUUAAGAUAGCCCUGCUAAUUAAGGUAUUCUGACACGGGUACGUUCGUGUUGAGGCGGCGAUGAAUUCACUGUUGUUAAAUUUGGAAACGGUGACGCCAUCCGAAUUUCUUGUUCCGCCUGGGAACGAAGAAAAACUUUGAAUAACCCGUGUACGCCCAGUACCGUACCGUACCUAAUACGUACUCGGAAUUCCGGCAGAAGAAGGAAUAACUGGUUUGUUCCAUCGAUUAUGUCACGCUGUCACGAAUUCAAAGUUUCAUCGCCCCUCGACAACACAAAUCAGAACACUUUGCAAGCUGUCAUCUACACGGACUAGCUUAUUACGAUCGAAUCCAACAAACGAAACACGAACAAACAACCAUCAAUCCUUCCAUCCAUCCAUCCACUAUCUAUAAUGAGGGCACAGAACUCCCAUCACAUAGCCACCGGUAGGAACGCAUUCCUGAUUCCGAGAAGGAGAACGACGGCCCGGAUGCCGGCGAUGGCUACCGUUGCAAUCGCGAUUCUUGCGAUCUGGACGGCAUCAAACGGAGGCGGUGGACGAAGCGUGGUGGAAGCAAGGGUGCCCCUUCACACCGCACACAAGGCGGCCGCAGACGGAGACAGGGACAGAGAAUCAGCGGCGCCGCAAGUGUACCUCGGAAAGUACCAUCCCGUCGGUCGGGACAACGAGGUACGCCGGGUCCAUUGGGGUGUUGUGGAAUUGGGUUGUGUGUUGGUUUGUGUUGGGCUUGGCCGGGUACUGGUUGGAUUCCAUUGCAUUGUGCCGAAGUUUUAUUGAAUUGUAUCAUGCAUCGACCAGGGUAUUGCACUGACUUCCAAUGACUCACUUCUUUCGCGAUGUUUUUGUACCGUACUGGUUUGUUGCGAUAAAUUCAAUCCUUUCUUGCGUUCGUUUUGUCAUGGGUCUGGUCAUUGUAGAAUCCCCGGGGAACGAUCGCAUUGUGUGGAACCCAGCAAAGGGGAUGCCUGGCGGUACCAGAGAAAGGGUGCAACAGCAGCAGCAGCAGCAGCAACAACAACGAGGGCCAAACGACCAUGCUGAAGAUGGGCCUGGGUGCAUCGGCUUCCAGCCGGACCAGCAGCGGCGGCUGUGCGGGAGGAGGAUCCGAAGGGGCAGCCCCCGCGAUCGGCCCCCUCGACGAAAUCGGAACGGAGAAGCAGCAAUGGAUCUACACCUCCAGGGGGUUGCUGACCACCAAGCCAACGUGGAGUGGAGAAGGCCAGGGCGAGAACAAAAAGGCCAUCAAAGCGCAAUGCCUUUCGCCACUCGUGGAGGACCGGGGCGGAAGCUCGUCGGGACGGUUCUCCUUCUGGAAGGAGAACCACCACUCCCUUGCGGGGCACUGGCACUACCCACUCGGUCUAGUCGACUGUCCGGACAGCGACGACAGCGAAAGCCAAAAGAACCGGAACGUCCGGUUUCUGGUCCAGCGCAACGGGCUGGUCCGGUCCCUGGCGAGGGUCCUCGACCCGGUGACCCUCAGGGACAUUAGCACCACCGAUCCCUACUGCGUGGCAGCGGAACCCAGCGGGGCCGUCUCCCUCUUGCCCUGCGAUCCGCAGGACCCGAGCCAGGCCUUUCUGGCCUUUGGGCAGACGGACGCCUUUCUGAUGUUUCUGACCAGCGACGGCAGCGGCAGCAACGAACCCGAGAGCGGGGAGAACACCGUGAUCGAGCUGGCCUACCACCUGGGGUCGGCCUCCUUUUCGGAAGCGGGGGCCGGUACAACGGCCGGCGAGGAGGACGAAGCCCCUCGGGACUCCCUGUCGCGGACCUGGGACCACACCGGAUACGCCCCGCACCAGCAGGAAGCCGACCAAAGCGAUCCUUCUUCCGCGGGUUCCUUCCAGAACCCCCGCAUCGUCGUCACCCACGGCGGGGAGCCGGUCUUUGAGAGCCCUCCCAUCGUCUUGCCCGGAAGCGGGGGCACCAACGCGAAUGCCAACGCCAAUGCCAAUGCCAACGCCGCCACGAAUGCCUUUGGGGACGUCCUGUGGUUCGACCUCGGUCCCUCCCAGCGGGAGGGAACCUACGUGGCGAGGUUCGAGCCGGAAAAGGCCGGCGCCGGUGGCCUCCUCCCGCCGCUCGUGCGGGAGGCCAUGGACACGGUCGUGGUGGAAGCGGAGCCCGUUGACGAAGGGCCGGGGGCCCGCGUGAUCUGGAUCCUGUCGGGUGCGGCCGGCGGCCUGGUUCUGCUGGGCCUUGGCGCAGCGGCGGCCUUUCGCGGUCCCGCUGGUUCGCCGCUCGGCUCCCGGAAGGGAGGCCUUGUGGCGGCCGAACCGGAGGAUCCGCCGCCCGCGUCGGUCGCAAGGGCAAGCGGAGCGGGCAGUCCCGGCGACGGAUUAUUCGUGGACGAGUACGCCUAGCGAAUGGGAAACGCCCUUCCCCGCAGCGAUUGGAUCGGUUUCGGUUGGUCGCGCUGCGUUUUGAUUCGAUUCGAUUCGAUCGGCGUGGAGAACAGCCACACGGGAGGCAACUAGUCCUCUUUGCUUCUUUCAUGGCAAUCUUUCUCAUGACUGUUUCCUUGCUCCCCACACAAAUCACUGUCUUCUGUAUCAUCUGCGCCCUGUACAUUCAUGAUCACAAUGCACUACAUAUUUUUUCGUUCUUAGCUAUAAAUCAAUAUAACAAUU